AUGAUGAAAGUGAAGUUUUGUCGUAAAAAAUAUUUACCAAAGUUUCGUUGGAUAGCAAAGAGAUUACGCACAGAAAAUCGCCUUCUUCGGCAACGCAUUGAUUACUUGGAACAAGAAAGUUCAGCAUUGGCUGAUCGUUUAGUACGAGGCCAAGUAAAUUUAGCUCAGGAAACGGAAAAUUGCAUGAGCAUAUCAAACGAAUUACUUAAAUUGCGCGAUAUCAAUUCAGAUGCACACCGACGACUUGAAGAAGCAUACGAUACAAUUAGAGAUCUCAGUUGUAAAAGCAAUGAAGGAGUUGUUGAGAAAAGCACACAGGUUGAUGACACUUCGAUGAUCGAACAUAUACUUGCAUUACAACAAGAACUUAUUGCGACACAUAUCAAAGAAGCUGAUAGUGAGAAUCUUAUCAAAGAACUCAAGCAACGUGUGCAGGAUUUGGAAUUGUCAAAUAAACGACUCAAAGAGCGACCUCCUGAAAAUGGCAUCGCUGGCCUUCAAGAAGAACUUAUCUCUGCAAAAAUGCGCGAAGCAGAAGCGUCUUUAUCGCUCAAAGAGAUGCGGCAACGUCUUGCAGAACUCGAAAUUCAGUGGGCUUUUGGAUGUUUUAAAUUCACUAAAAAUUUAGAAAGUCACAGUUUUGCUCAAACUUAUUCAAAUGCCACACAAAGCGCUCGACAACGUUUAGCCAAGCUGAAGGCAACUUUAAUCGGUAUGCCAAAUUCAGAAAGUAGUGAAAGCCUCGGUGAGAAUGGUUUGUUUUCUAUAAUUAAAUUGACAUUUUAUUCCUUUUUUUGUGGAAGUUUCAUGAAAAUAUUACCAGAGGCUAAUACCGUUCGCGAUCUGGAAGAUCAAUUGAUGGGUAUACGAAUUCGGGAAGUUGAUACUGUUGCUGAAUUAAAAGAAAUGCGACAAAAGGUUAUGGAAUUGGAAACAAAUAAUCAUGUGAUAACAAAUCAGUUAAAACGACAAGAUCAAGAAAUAAAGCAGUUAAAAGAGGAGAAGGAACAAAUAUUGCAAAAAGAAAAAGAACUAAUGGAUUCACUGAAAGAUGAACGUCGACGAGUAAUUGAGGCUGAAAGUGAAUUGAAGGAGAAAUCAGUUAUGCAACGAUUGAAAUUCAGUGAAGCAAUGCAACAUAUAGCAGAUCUGAAGCAAACUAUCGCCCAACUUGAACUUAAGAAAGCUGAAAAAUGGACUCAAGCACAAUUACGUGGAAGCUCGGUCUGUGAUUUGGAUGAGGAAUCUUCGGUGGGCGCCUUUGGAUCUCAUCACUCAGUGACAAGUGGUGAUGCUGUUUCCAUCGAAAGUGAGGAUUUAACAGCAUUAAUUACAGAUAUGACCGUUAGAUUACCUGAAACUAAUACCAAUGAAGAUAUUCUGCUGAAUCAGAAAGACGCAUCAUCUAAUGAAAUGUCCGAAAAAAGCCGAGAUUUUAAGAAACAUCAGCUCGAGGAAGAUAACGACACAACUGAUAGUGGCUUGCAAAUGAGUGAUAGCUUAUAA